AUGACAUCAUCUCUAAAUGUGUUUACUCAGAUCUUUGAGGGGAACAGCCAUUAUGAUACUCCAGAAGUGAGGAGGUUUGACGAGAUUGUCGCCCAGCACAUCAGAGUUUUUCCAGAGCGAUGGUCACCUGCUGGCAUCGGUAUGAGGAUGGAGGUUCUUGGCUGUGACCUGCCUGAAAUCACCACGCUGCCCAAUACAGUGACCCCAACCACUCCCAGACUGGAACAGACAACUCCUGCAAUGAAAUCAGCCACAACUCCAUCCCUGUCGGCCGUGUGUGACUUUGAGCAGAGUUUGUGUGGCUGGUCAGCUGAUCCUCACACAGGUGUGAGCUGGUCCCUGCACAUGGCCGGAGGCUCAACUGGACACAACACUCAUGGGACGCGGCAGGACCUUUCCCUGGGAUCAGACAAUUUUUCAGGGAACUACCUCCACCUGGAUGCAGGCACUCACACCCAGCGCAAGAAAGCCAGACUUCUGAGUCCAGAAGUGGGGCCAGAACGUGGUCCUCUCUGCCUUCUCUUCUAUUACCAGCUUCAGGGGGAGGCACAGGGGAGCCUCCGAGUCUUGCUGAGGGACGGUGACCAGGAGGAGACCCUUUUAUGGGCACUAAAAGGCGAGCAGGGGCCCAACUGGAGGGAGGGAAGAACUAUCCUUCCCCAAAGUCCCAGAGAGUAUCAGGUGGUUUUUGAAGGGUUUUUUGAUCACCCAACCAGAGGCCACAUCAGGAUAGACAACAUCUACAUGAGCAACAACAUUGAACUAGAGCAAUGUGCAGAGCCUCUCCCUGCUUUAGCUUCUGGCAUCCCCAAUCAGAAGGCUAAAGAUUUCGGAAACGAUCCUGCUUUCAAUCACAAGCAGCACAUCAAUGGAGAUUUUGUCUUCUCAGGUUGGCCAUCCUCCUUCUCCACCCCAUCCUCUGACAUGGACCCCUCCUCUGUGACGCUGGUGUCAGAGAAGGACAAGGACAACGCCUGGCUGUACACGCUGGACCCCAUCCUCCUCACCAUCAUUGUGAUGAGCUCGUUGGGCGUCCUGCUCGGAGCUGUCUGUGCCGGCCUGCUCCUUUAUUGCACGUGUUCGUAUAGCGGACUUUCCUCACGCUCCUCCACGACGCUGGAAAACUACAACUUUGAGCUAUACGACGGGAUCAAGCACAAAGUGAAGAUAAACCAGCAGAGGUGCUGCUCAGAGGCAUGAGGAACGACAGAGAUCCCCUAAAGAUUUUCUUUUCUUAUUUCGACACAGACAUGAAAAAGAAGCACUAUCUGAAAUUUCCAUCCCUGCCUGAAAUCUUGCUGUUCCUUUGCUCUGAUGUCAAAAGGGGUUAACUCUGAACUCUCCAUGUGUUGAAAGGGGGGGGGACAUUUGAUCUCGCUCUGAGGUCUAAACCAGAGGAACGUCUGAUCGCAGUUUCCCCGAAGCAACUGAGUCCCUUUUUCUCCUCUGCCUGCAGGAGAAGCCCUGCUCGUUUCUACAAGCCUGUGAAUGAAUGAUUGAAUGAAGGAAUGAAAAUAAAGAAUAUAAAUGACUAAAGUACCAUAAGAUACAGCCCACCAGACACUGGAAUAAAGCUGCAAAGGAAGUAGACUUCAGCACCCAUGACAAUCUGGACAUGUAGACAACAAACGGCAGCACAGUCUGGGGUGUCCUGGUCAGGACAUUCUGAACGGUACUUUGCAGAACUUUAGAUUUUUUUCCUCUCAUCUUACAAGAAGAAAUGAGUUGCAAAAAAAAUCUCAACGUUUCUGCUUCACAUUUCUUGCAAAGACUUCUCCAGUUGUCUGUUUUAGUGUGGGCGCUUCUGACUCAGAUCAACACAUAUCAAUUAAAUGCCUAUGAUUCUAAAUAGCUUAAAAAAAUAACAUCUCAAAGAAUCAAGAUUUUUUUAUGGUAAAGGAAAGGAGGAAAUUUAAACCCUUAUUUUGUUUCUGGAAGUUUCUGGUAUGAGUUCUGUGAGUUUUAAACGUCCAUAAGCCUGCCAUGUGGCGCCCGCUAGCUCCUUCGUCCGCCUUUGGUCUGCGCUUUGUGAAACCAGUGGCAUAGAGAAGUAAUGGUGACUGUUUUUGUUAUGUUUUAGACUUGUGUCUACUUGGAUGAAAAAAAGAUAAAGAAAAAGCAAGCUUCAGUUCGUAGCAGCCCUGUAGAGCAUAUGAUCACAUUUUUCAGACCUUUCUUUUAGAGUUUUGUUGGACUUUUAGCUGUUGCUUUAGUCUUUUAACUAUUUUACAUUUCCCAUUACAGAUUAUCAAUCUAAGAAUAGGGGAGAAGUUAUACAUGGGACAGAAAAUCAGAGUUUUAUCAACAAAAAAAGCUAACAUGAUGUUAUGGAGUUGUGCUUUAGAUUCAAAAUUCUAGAGUUUGUUUUUUGGUAUCUAUAUUUCUAUAUUUUUUUGAUUUUCAGACUGUAUGAUGCCCAAAUGAUGGACAGACACUGUGUAAACAAAAUGUCAGUAAUUAUUUUAUUGCAACCUAUGGAUUGCCAAAGAGCUGUGUAUGUGCUCGGUGGGUCUGAACAAGUGUUAAAUAAGGCUGGGUGGACUGAGAGUGAUGAAUUGAACUGCUGUUGAAACAUCAUUCUCAAUCCAAAGAGGCCUGAUUUUUGGGGGGGGGGGGGGUGAUUGGGAAUCAUACUGUUGACUUCUUUAGACACACAAUCGAGCCUUAAGCAAAUUACAGUAUACGCUGUAUCGGAGGACAGCCAUUAAGGAGGGCCAGUGCUGCUGGAGAGACUGAUAAUUCAUAUGAGACACAUAUAUUUUCAAAGACACACAUCUUAGUACCUCUUUUUCAGAACUUUGUGUUCCUCAGGCCCACAUCUGAACUUUAAAGGGGUGAGUUUGGUUUGUUUGAAGCUGUGCAAAGUAGGUAGGAGCUGCCAGCAUCUUAUCAGCAGUGGCAGCAAUCAGAGUGAUCUCUGUUUUAGGGAAUCAAAUAGAAAUUCUCACAGUGGAGGGAAGAUGGGUGAUGUAACUUUUUUUUUUUACAGUAACAAUAUUUAAUUGCAAUUUCCUUGUCAUAAAAGUAAAAAAAAAAGAAUCAUUUCUGAUGUUGAAUCCGACACACAUUUACUAUUACUACUAAUUUGAUCUAUUACAGAGAAACACUGUUAAGCUCAAACACAGUAUUUGAGGGUGCAAUUUCAGCACCAUUACUUACUGUACCUUUACACUGCUGGUAAUUUAGUAACUUUAUUGGGUAAAAAAUGAUGCAGUUUGGUGUUUUCGACCAGCAACCAAAGGCUAGUUUCAUACCCACUUUGACAAUCAACAAUUGAAAGUAUAUUUCUAAUCAACACAGUCUACUGUAAAAAAAAAAAAAAAAAUGUUAUGUCACUUUAAAAAUAUUUCCCCCCAACAGAGAUGCUUCUAAAAACCAGGCCUUCUGCCGGUAUGAUCUGAUGAUGUCCUUUUAUCUCCCAGAUAAAGGAGCAUUUACCUCUUUCUAGAUUCAGUUUUUUAUGUCCUGUUUUUAUCGAUAUUGUUUUAGACCAGAUCAAAAGAAAUUCAUGUGGCAGAUGAGGAGCUUGAUAUAUUUUGGAGCUAUUACUGGCAAUUUAAAUAAUUUUCAGUCAAGAAAGUCAACAAAGGCUAAUUAUUUAAAUCACAGCAUUCAGAACUAGAAUGGAAAAUAAAUUAGUUAAGUUUAGGCAUACAUUAUUUUCCUAUGGAUAAUUUACGGUCCAUGGAUGGAAGGUAGUGUUUUUUAGCUCGACCACAGAAAUUCACUCAUGAUUCUCCAAACUGAGACAGCUCUGAUUGCUUCCUGGUGCACAUAAGACGCCCACAUCUUGUCGUCACUCCACACAACUCCACUUCAAACACACAAAUCAUGCAUCCAUCAGAAACAAAAGAUAAAACCAUAAACUACUUAAUAAUUUGAACCUCUUCCAAGGUUUUUGGUUCUUGUAUUGGCGCAUCUUUCAGUUUAUUUCAGGUGUGGUAUAUGACAAUAUACGCUCAAAAAAAAAACCACUGAGUUGACCAAAAAACAGUGACUUAUGGUAUUCUUCACCUUUGAAAGAAAAAAUGAAAUUUGCUCAACAUUUUAUUAGCUAGGAAAAACUUCUCUGAUUUAGCAUCCGGUUUUAUUCACAUGAAGAGCACAUUACAGCCUUUUUUCUUGUGCUGUUUGGCUAGUAACAGAAAAUUCAAAUGAGGUGCCUUUAAUGAUGUUCAAAUAUCACUUUCACAGUUAAUUCAUCUACAAAAUAAAACAGUACAGUAAUUCUGACCACAUUUGUCUUUUAAGAUUUCAUUCUUGUUUUAGGAAGUUCAUAAAAAUUAAGAAUAAAGCAGAAUAUUGUACAGUUUUUCUUAGUUAUCUAAGAUACUAUUUAUUGCUGUCAAUAAAUGUCUAAUUAAUAGAGAUUAAUAAUGUCAAAGGACAAAAACGUGAUUAAUCCGCUUGAAUAGUUAAUUAACUUUCUCCCAGUUAAGCUAAAAGACUUGGAGGAAUUCACAAAUGGGUUUUCGUAACACCAAUGCCAUCAGGAAAAUAAGGACAAAUCAUGGAAAUCAUGGAUGCAAAUUGGAAAAUAUUCCUGAAAAUUAAAUAUUCUACCAUAAAACUCUACAUAUGUAUCAAACAGAACAAAGGGAGUCAUCAAAGGGAUAUGCUCUCUAUUUUAACUAUAAAUGUGUUUAAGGUCCGGAAGGAAAUUAUAUGUCAUUUCUUAUUAUUUAAGAAUAUGAAGCGCAAGAAAAAAAAUUAUUAGGUUGAUGGAAUGAAGGCAUAACAAAAACAAAACAUUGUACCAUACAGCAGGGUUUGUUUUUCAAAUAAAAAUAAGAUGAUGGUGAUGGAGGAAUAGGAACAUGUUCAGGGCCGGUCACAGACCUCGCCUUGUUUUUCUCUCUCUUCAUGCUCAUGUUUAACUCUGCUAGAACAUCAUCAGAUUUUAAGUCCUUCAGAGACUCUCUUUGCUCUCUGGAGCCACUAGGAUGCGAGUCACACUGCUUUCAGACAAGUGGAAGGGGCGGAACAAAUUUCAUUUUUGCCUGGGGCCCAUUUUUCCUUUGUCUCUGACUUCCUCUCUUGUCUUCUCACUGUCAUAGGCAUGCGGUAGCCUUGAAAUGCACACUGUAAACAUAGUUUUGGAAGGUGUUUAAUGAUUGCCAAAAAACAAGGGAGAGAAAGAAAAAGGGAAAGAGAUUAAGAAUUUACAGUCCAUCGAUAUUUUUAUUUUUAUUUGGACCUUUUUCCAAGUGCCUUGGAGCUUUCUAUCUUUUUUGAUCUCUGACUCUUUCUCUUUCCCUGCUGAUGUCUCACUCUGACUCUUCUCUUUUACCCGAUGCAACCAAAACAUCAAUGAGUGAGCAGUGAGUACAUGAGCAAGGUUAACCUGCUCUGUCUCCUGCUUGACUGUUCUUUAUUUCCUUCUGAACAUCCAGAUAGUUUUACCUCUUCUCUCUUUGCAGGCUACACACAGGCACACACAUUUAUGCACAACUGACUGACGCAAACACAGUACAUUAUGACACACCGACGGCACUGGCCAGAAACUAAACUCUUUGUAGACUUUGUACAGAAAAGUUUCUUUUUUUAAUGUUAUUAUUAUUUAAUAAAGGCUAAAUAAC